GUCAUAUUAACAAGCUUUCCGGCGUCUGUUUACGACUGUCGCACACGUUGUAUAAAGGAAAACGUAAUUUUUUUUUUUUUAUAAAAAAAAAAGAAAAAACUAUACGAAAAUGUCGUAUAAAGGUCCUCAGAAAGUGCAAAAGGUGAUGGUACAACCCAUUAACCUUAUAUUUCGAUAUCUACAAAAUCGUUCAAAAGUUCAAGUGUGGUUAUACGAGAAUAUUAACCUACGAAUUGAAGGACACAUCGUUGGUUUCGACGAAUAUAUGAAUUUGGUGUUGGACGAUGCAGAGGAAUAUAAUGUCAAGACGAAAAACAGAAAAACAUUAGGUCGUAUAAUGCUUAAAGGUGAUAAUAUAACGCUUAUUCAAAAUACAAAUCCUGGAGCAAACUAGACAAAUUAAACAUAACCUCAACACACAUCAUUCCCCAUGUGAGAAAUGAAAUUUUCAAGUUUAUAAAAAGAAAAAUAGUUGGAACACAACAGGAAUAACUAUUUUCUAUUAAUUUUUCUACUCAACCUGUUUCAAUCAACUAUUUACUGUCAUUGAUGUUAAACUGUCAACAUAACCUUAAAAUGUUCUCAACGACGAAAAUGACGACUAUGGAGUUGCUCUUUGGAAAAAAAAGAGAGAAAAUCUGGAUUUCCAUUACUUUGGAUAUUUUUGUCAACAUCAACUUUAAUUUUUGUUCUCAAUAUCAGUGUCAAUAAAAUAUUUUUUCACAGUGUCAACUAAGUGGAAGUUUGUAAACAUUGACUGUUAGCUCGUUGAUAAUAAUGCGAUAACAAAUUGAUGUGAUUAUUCAGGAAAAAUUGUGUAUUCGAAAAAAAGCAAAAUAUGAACAUUAAUUUUCGUAAUUUUUUUUUUUUAAUCUUCACUUAAAAAUUUAAAUUUCAUAAUUUAUAAAAACUAAAAAUUCUUUUAUUUGUAAAAGAAAAAUAAUUUAAAUUUAUUUUUUGUUUACGAAAUAUGUAAAAUUAAUGGCCGGUAAUAAUUUAAUUAAAAAAAAAUGAAAAAUUUA